AUGGAUGAACUGGAGGUUGCCAUUUUAUGCCUAUAUGGUAAUGAACACAGUAAUAUUAACAAAAAUGAUGCUCAAAAAUAUUGUGAGAAUUUCCAGAAUAGUGCAGAUUGUUGGAAAUAUUGUAUGAGUAAAUUUUUAGAAAGUAAUAAAUUAGAAGUUAAGUUUUUUUGUAUUCAUGUAAUUGUUGAAAAGAUAGGUAGCUUAAAAAUAGAAGAUAUGAUUUUAAUUAAGAAUUCCUUGUAUGAUUAUAUAGAAAAAAAAUAUGUGAAUGCAAAUGAAGAUUCAUGUGUAUUAAAUAAAAUUAUUCAACUUUAUUUAUAUUUAAUAGAAUUUUUAUAUCCUCAUAAUAUGAAUGAUGCUUUUAAAUAUCUGAUUAAUUUAAUUAUGAUAAAUAAUGAUAUAAAUAUUAAAACCAUACAUAUAAAUUUUUUUUUAAAAUUAAUGAAUAUGUUUGAUUCUGAAUAUAUAGAUAAUGUGUGCUCAAAUAAAUCUAUACAAACUACAACCAAUAUAAAAGAAGCUAUAAAAGAAAAUGAUUUACCAAUAAUUAUUGAAUGUUUUUAUUAUAUUAUGAAUUUGAAUAUGCCUGAACCAACCUCUUUAUCCAUAUUUACCUUAUCAAAAUAUGUACCAUGGAUUGAUAUUAAUUAUGUUGUUAAUGAUAAAAUUUUAACCUACAUAUACCAAACAUUAAAUACAACAAAUAAUAUUACAGAAGCUAGUUAUACAUUUCUAACAUCUUUAAUACGUAAAGGUAUGAACCCAGCAAACAAAAUACAGUUUAUUGAAAGUAUAAACAUUAUAUGUAUUUUACAAAAUACACCCAAAAUAACAGAUCUUACAUUUGAUGUAAAUAAAAAUAUUAUGAGCAAAAGAGGAGAAUUAAUUAAUUAUAUAUGUUUAGAAUUAGUUGAAUCAAUUUUUGAAAUAAAUAAAUUGAAAGAUUACCAAAUGAAUAUGUUAAAAUAUAAUGAAAUAUGUACAAAAGCGGCUGAUAUGUUAUUUUUAGUAUUACCACAUGCUUUAGACAUUUUUUCUGUGAAUGAUUUUUAUAUUGCUAGUACUGUGGAAAAGUUCUUUAGUUUAUUCUUUACAAAAUUUAAGAAUGUUAUAGAUGCAGGUUCAUGUACUAACUCUAUAAUGAAGAGUACUUCAAAUGAUUAUGAGGGUGCUAAAAAUAAUAUAACAAAUAAUAUAAGUAAUAACAUAAAUAAUAACAUAACUAAUAAUAAUAAUAAUAAUAAUAAUGCCAAUAGUGGAUAUAAAAUAUCAAUAGAUAAACUUAAUGUAUUUAUUAAUACUUUAAUUUGUACAAUUGUUAAUAAAUUUGAAUACCCAGAAUAUAUACCAGAUGAUUAUGAUCAAGAAGAAGAAGAUGAUGAUGAAUUUUCUACAUUUUUUAAUUUUAGAGAAAACAUUGAAAAAUUAUAUCAACGUUUAAUACUUUUUGAUAAAUUAAAAGCUAUUGAAAUUAUUAAGAAUGCUAUUAUAUAUUUAAAUGAAAAUUAUGAUAAUUUAAAAUGGAAUAAUAUAGAAUCUAAAUUAUAUGCAUUUUAUGUUACUACAUCUAUUUAUUGUGAAUAUAAACAAGGAUCAACAAAUACAUCAAAUAAUAUGAAUAAUAAUACGAUUACUAAUAAUCAAAAUAAAAAUACUAUUAUUAUGAAUAAUUCUUUAGAAUAUUUUAAAAAUAUAAAAGAAGCGAAUGAAGUAAAUAUAGAUUAUAAUAAUUUACUUUUUGAUUGUUUAAUAGAAUUAUUAAAAAACAGAAAAAUAUUAAACUCUACUAAUUAUCAUAUUAAUAUAAAUUUAAUGGAAAUAUUUCAAAGAUUAAAUUUGUUUUUUAUUAAAAAUCCAAAUUAUAUAGAAUAUUCAUUACAUAUAUUUCUUACGAAUGGUAUUAGAAGUAAUAAUAAUAAAAUUGCUAAGAAAGCUGUACAUAUUUUUAAGAAAUUUUUAAAAACAAAUUCAUCUGUAAUUUCAAACUAUAUAAAAGAUAUAUUGCAAUUAUUAGAGUCAUCUUUAGAUAUACCUUAUAUAUAUCCAAAAAUGGACAUUAAUAAUAAUAUAUUAAAUAAUAACAAUAUGAUAUUAGAUGAAAAUACUAUUAAAUAUAUUUAUAGCUUUUUAUAUUCUAGUAAAAAUUAUAACCACGAGUAUCAGAUAGAUAUUUAUGAAAUAAUCGGAUUAUUACUUUUAAAUUAUGAUUUUAAUAAAUUCAAGAAAUUAUCAAAAACUGAUAGUGGUGUCUCCCUACAAUCAAAUAAUAAUUUAUCAAACAAUUUAAUGACAAAUAAUAAUGAUAAUAGAAUUAAUAUCAAUAAUAAUAAUAAUAAUAGUAAUGAUGGACUUAGUCAAAAUAUAAGUGAAGAAAUGGUUGCUAAUUAUAAAGAUCGAAUUUUUUUCUUUAAAGGUAUAUUAAAUAAGUUAUUAGAAAAUUUGUCAGCUGUUAAAAAUUUGUAUUUAAAUUCUACCAAAACACAACAUGAUAAUAUUUGCGCUAGUUUUAUAUCUAGUGUUAUAAUUAAAUGUAUAGGGGCAUUAUGUAAAAAUGUUAAUAUUAAUAUUACUGAUAUUUUAUUAAACGAUUUAGAUAAUACUUUGGGUAUUAUAAUAAGUGAAUCUUUAGAAUUGUUUUAUAAUAAUUACAUUGUUAGAGAUUCUGUGUUAUUUACUUACAGAAUACUUUCUAAUUUGUUUAAAGAUUUAUCACUUAAUUAUACUGUAAAAUUAUUACCAUAUUUUUAUAACAUAUCUUAUAGUAUGAUAAUGAAUAAACUACAGAAAACUAAUGUAGAUAACCAGAAUGCAAACACAUUUAAUAUGACAACUCCUACAUCAUAUCAAAUGGUAGAUGGUGCUACAAAUAAUCUAAUGAAAACAUCAAAUACACAUCAUGAAGAAUUAAAAUAUUUAUAUAAUGAAUUAAAUGAACUUAGUAUAUUAGUAUGUCAUCUAAUUUCAACACAUAAAGAAAAAUCGUUUGAUACUUUUGUUAAUCCAUAUAUAUAUAAUAUAACACAAAUACAUAUGAAUAUAUGGAAAUUUAUUAAUGUCCAAUCAUUAGAAAUGCAAAGAGAACAAAAUUCUGUAUUAUCACCACUCCUAUUAAUAUUGUAUAAUAUAUCAGUCAAUAUUCCAGCAACUAUACACAGUUUCAUGUCUUUUGAACAUAUAGCAUUAAAUCAUAAGCAAUUCUGUGAUAUUUUUUCUAAUGACGAUAUAAUUAAAUCAAAAAUUGCCGACGCAAUUACAAGUAUCCUUCUUAUUUCAUUGAAUUAUAAAAAUACUAGUGAUAUAAAUAUAUGUUUGUAUUCAGCCCAAACCUUAUCGAAUAUGUUAAAUAACGCCACAUGUAUGGCAAACCCAAGCGAGGUGUUGAGUAAAUAUCCCAUAAUGCAAAUUAUCGAUACAUUAUGUUUAACAUUAAAAUCUCUAGAUUACGCAGACCCAAAAAAUAAAAGGAUAAUGCAAGAAGUAAUGAACAUAUUUCGUUUGUUCUGUGGAUUUAAAGUUAGUGCUAAUUGCUUACCAAACAAGAUUAUUGAAAGCUCGCAAAUAUGUUUACAAAAUUCGCUCUUAUCAGUCUUUAAAAAUAAUCCAAAUGACAUAGCAAUUUUGAUACAAGCUAUAAAUGCAAACAACCAACAACAAUUUAGACAAAUUUUAUCAAAUAUAGUUGCUUAA